UGCCUUAAGGUCUGCGUUCACAAGAGUAAUAUAUAGAGUUUGAGGCGAUGGAGAGUGCAAUGCUUGCUUUGCCAAUGUUCUCGCAUGCACGCAACACAAAUCAAUGGCUUCCAUUAGAUUCGAAGCACCAGAUUUCAUGUGCAAGAAAAGUGAGGAAAACUCACGGUGCUCACACAAAGAAUUUAGCAUCAAUGCGAGUUCGUUGUGAGAAUAAAGAAGACGGUCGCAUGGAAAUGGAGCGCCGCCAGCUGCUGUUAACGUCAUCGACAUUGGGCGUUGUGGCUUUCACGAGCGGGAAGGCCAUGUCCAAGCCAUUUCCGGCGCCUGAUCUGUCGAAAUGUACGUACCCCACUGAUCUUCCGACUGGCGCAACGGUAGAUGGUGGGUGCUGUCCUCCAUUCAAGGCUGGAGAAAUUGCUGUGGACUUCAAACUUCCGACGUCUCUGCCAUUGCGGACGCGUAAAGCGGCGCAUCUGGUGGACACGGAUUUCAUCGAAAAGUACGAUAAGGCAUUGACGGCAAUGAAGAACCUCCCUUCCGAUGACCCUCGGAGUUUUGUCCAGCAAGGCAGAGUGCACUGCGCAUAUUGCAACGGAGCCUACAAGGUGGGAUCAGAUACUGUGCAGGUUCACAAGUCAUGGAUCUUUGCUCCUUUCCAUCGCUGGUAUAUCUAUUUCUACGAGCGCAUUUUGGGAUCUCUCAUCCAUGACGAUACCUUUGCGCUGCCAUUCUGGAACUGGGACCACGAGGAUGGGAUGGCGAUUCCUGCCAUGUUCGUCGACAAGAGCCGGUCCAUGUACAACAGUAACAGGGAUCCAUGUCACCAGCCUCCCACGCUUCUCAAUCUGGCGGAGUAUAAGAACUGCGCGUCAGGCGAUGUGAGUGCCAACUAUGCUAACAUCUAUAACCACAUGGUGUCUGGUGCGGGAACUGCAGAGCUCUUCCACGGUGCUGCUGUUCGGUACGAGGGCGAAACAGAUGUAACAUUGACGGCGGGAGCGCUGGAAAGUUCUCCGCAUAAUCUUGUGCACCUUUGGGGCGGCUCUCCCAGUAACAAAAACCGUGAAGACAUUGGCAGCUUAUACUCGGCAGGCAGAGAUCCUCUCUUCUAUUCUCAUCACUCCAAUGUUGACCGCAUGUGGUACAUCUGGAACAACAAAUUGGGUAACAAAAACUUUGACGACAAAGAUCUUUUGGAAACCGAGUUCCUGUUCUACGAUGAGAAUAAGCAGCUUGUAAAGGUUAAAGCCAGCGACUGUUAUGAUAUAAGCAAGCUUAAGUAUCAAUACCAGGAUAGAGAGCUCCCCUGGUUGAAUAAGGGGCGGUCAUUGAAGAAGGCCGGAACGGCCGUUCCUAAGCCUAAAACAUCCACCUUUGAAAAGGUUGUCGAUGACAAGGCCAAGAAUCUGUUUUCUCCCUUGACCUUUAAGGUUGAGAGGCCGAACAAGAGACCUGGGAAAGGACAAUUGGAGGUUCUUAAGAUUGAGGGAGUGGAGACUGACAGAAAGGCGUUUGCAGCAUUCGAAAUAUUCAUAAAUUAUCCCGGGGCCAACUCUAGCACUUCCUUCAACAACCCUCAUUAUGCAGGCUGCUUUACUUCUAUCGGGCAUGGCAAAAUGACAGAAGGAUCUAUGAAGUCAAUGACUACUAAGGAGAGUUUCAAGAUUGGGAUUUCUGAGACGCUGGAAGAUUUGGGCAUAGAUAAUGAUGAUGAAAUAGUUGUUACGCUCGUCCCAAAGUCGGCCAAAGAUUUGACUACAUCUCCCAUUAAGUUUACUUCCAUAAAGAUUGAUUAUAUUAACAAGUAAAUAUAUCCUGGUCAGAAGAAGAGGAUUACUGCCUUUUCCACUUUCUUCAUACUCCAGUAGUAUGUUAGGAAGCAUAUUAGCAAGUAGAUGUUCUAUUUUAUUCUGAUAGUAUGAUAUAGUUUGUUUCUCUUUGUUCUUAGCUGAAAGAAGAUGGCAACUACCACAUGCAACUGGAGAAAAUCAAGUAUCAGUUUUUGCAGCUUCAUGAUAAAGAUAUGGGUGUACCAAACAACUUCCAAUGUUAUUUAAGUAUAUGAUGUAAUAGUUUUUCUGCUAUUGUAAUAGUGUGUUUUUGUUACCGUUGGUCUUGUUAUUGUAAGACUUCAUCACUCUUGUGUGGGCUGGUUAUAACAGUGGUUCUUGGUUGAUAAUGGUUAUUUGUUGUUCUCUUCUCA